AUGAUAGUGGACUUUCCAGAUGUCACCACCGAUCUCACGAAACACCAGUUAAGCAGUGCUGUGCUGCAAAUGGGAAGUGGAUUUCAGAUGUGGUGGAGGAUGUGGGUAAUGUGUUAUUUCCUUCAUGCCCUUUACAUGAAAGGAGAAAAAUGGCCCCAUCCUAUACACAGACUCCUACUAUGCUCCAUCCUAGGGCCCCUACCCAGAGCAUGCAUCUUUGCUGAACCAGGCAAUGUGCUCCUUGGAGGGAUACCGGUGGUCAUCAUAUGCAGGAGCCCUUCUGGGUUUGAGCAAUUCCACCUGGUUAAGGAAAAUGUCAGAACCAUAGAUGUGACCAACACUUCAUCUUCUAAGAGAGCAGCAAGGCGGACUGGCCCCUGGGACCGAUCCAAACACGGCUCAGGCAAAGGAAAGCAACCGCAGCAGAACGAAAGCAACCACAGCAGAAUGGGAGACACGCACCGAUGGAAGCGCCGAUUGAAGCAAUUAGGGAAACAGGGGAAGUGGAAAAGAACCCAGUUCAGGAGUCACGUGGCACCAAUCUUAUUCUUAAAAUAUUGGGUUUUCCCCCACCCGGAGGGCUCAUGGAGCAGCAAGCUCCGGCGGGUCCCCAGUGGUGCCGGGCGCCGGCUCCAGAGUCCGGCACCCAAGCGGCGGCAGAGGGAAGCCAUGUGGCAGAAUUCCCAAUUGGACUCUAAGAAGCCCUUUCUGUCUGCCUGGCCAAGCCCCAUCGUUCGCAUUGGAGAGCAUGUGGUGCUGCACUGUCAGUCUGAGCUUGGGUUCGAAAUGUUCAGUCUGCUCAAGGAACACAGGGGCCACAUCCUCCAGAUGCAGAACUUGAAGUCCCAGCAGAGAUUUCUGAUAGGCCCCGUGACCACAGAACAUGCAGGGAUCUACAGAUGCCAGGGAUUCUACUCUAAAUCUCCUUAUGGAUCAUCAGCACUAAGUGAUAGCCUGGUGAUUGUGGUCACAGGGAUCUACAGAAAGCCCUCACUCUUGGCCCUGCCAGCUCCCCUGGUGAAACCAGGAGGGACAGUGACAUUGAAAUGCUCAUCAGAGAUUGUGUUCGAGACCUUCAUUCUGAUUCUGCUCAGAAAGGGGAUAAGAGAGGACCCUCUGUACCUUAUUGGAGAGCCUUAUGAUGGUGGUGUCCAGGCCAACAUCUCCAUAGCUCCUGUGACGACUGUACACGCUGGGACCUACAGAUGCUAUGGUUCUGUCAGUCACCAGCCCUAUGAAUGGUCAGACCCCAGUGACUCCCUGGACAUCAAGAUCACAGGUCCUGUUUUUCAGAAUUACAUCCUGGGGAAUUCCAUCAGGAUGGGUGUGGCGGGCCUGUCACUGCAGCCUCAUUCUUCUUCACAGCUGGGACUCCUGGAGGGAGACAUCAUGAUCUUCACUUUUACAGUGUUCUUUCAUCUUGGGCUGAGUCUGGAACCCAGGAGAACGGUGGUGGCAGAAAAAUUGCACAAACCCACCAUCUGGGCUGAACCAGACUCUGUGGUCACCAAGGGACUGUCUGUUGAUAUCUUCUGUUUUGGAACCCAGGAAGUCCAGAAGUACUGUCUAUAUAAAAAGGAACGUGUAAAACCCUUGAAGAUACAGACCUCACUGGAGCCUGGGAACAAGGCCAACUUUUCCAUUCCAUUUAUCACAGAAUAUCAUGCAGGACUAUACUACUGCUGCUAUUUCAGCCCUUCUGGCUUGUCAGAAUGCAGUGACAUCCUAGAGCUUGUGGUCACAGGAUUCUACAGCAAACCCAACAUCUCAGCCCUGCCAAGCUCCCUGGUGACCUCAGGAGGGAAUGUCACCCUCCAGUGUAGCUCACAUCAGGGAUAUGGAAGAUACAUCCUUACCAAGGAAGGAGAACAGAAUGUUUCCUGGACUCAGGAUUCCCAGAAACAACCAAAUGGACAUUUUAUGGCCUUGUUUCCUGUGGGGCCAGUGACUUCCAAACACAGAUGGGCCUUCAGAUGUUAUGGCUACUAUGAGAGAACCUCCCAGAUGUGGUCAAUGCCCAGUGAGACCCUGCAACUCCUCCUUGUAGAUUCACACUCACAAGAUCAUACAGUGGAGAAUCUCAUCAGGAUGGCUAUGGCUGGCUUGGUUCUGGUGGUUCUUGGGAUUCUACUAUUUGAGGCACAAAACAGUCAGAGAAGUCAUCAAGAUUCAGGAUGGAGGUGAACCAGAGAUAAUGGUGCAUCUAUCUCUUAAUGUGGUAGAGGCUUGAAGAUGAAUCUAAUCAUGGAAGUAAAUUUGUGGUAUAAGUGUUUGAACACUGUUGCAUAGCCUGAAGAGAACAACAUAUUUGGGUCCAGGGAAAAUGUAAAAGAGAUCUGUGAAGAGGACUAUACACCCACUAAGUUAGAACAGUAUGGUGGCUUGAAUGAGAUGGCCUUCAAAGUCUCAGGCAUUUGAAUGCUUGGUCCUCAUCUGGUGAUGCUGUUUGGUCUUGUCAGAAGAAUUGUGUAACUGGGCUAGGCUUUGAAGCCUUAAGGCUCAUCAUUUCUAGCUCACUCUUGUGUGUUCAUUUUCUACAAGAUUGAAAUAUUUCAUUCUGCAGGGAAUCUUCUUAAGUCAGGAGCCAAACAACUCAAAAUAACCCCAGAAAGACUCUGAAACUAACAAGAUUUACUAGGUCCUUUUUUUUCUAAGAGUUAACAAGAAGAGCUGUUGUGAGUUACUCUUAGACAAGGUAAGCUGCAAAGAAGAAUCCAAGACCAGAUCUACUUCCUGGAAGAAUAAAGAAACAACUGAGCUGCCUAGAAGAGGUUUAGACUGGAAUCACCUGGAAAAGACACUCUCCAACAUGUUUAGCUUGCCUGAAAGCUCUGAAAUGUGCCCUUUGUGAGUUGUCACCCACGGUGGAGUCAUUUCUGCCCCUGUAAAUUACCUCAAUAAAACUCAUUGGUUCACCAAAUUGGACUUUAGUGGUAUCCAUACUUUUGUCUGUCAUUGACUCUCUAUUGAGAGCGAGUACACAUGUAUGCUGUAUCUUCCAGGACAAGU